AAAAAAUCACUGAAAACCGGAAGUUCUGAAAUAGUGAUGCUUGUGGAACACGCGCGUAGUAGAAGGACACGGAUGGAGAUUCCUGAUCACAAACAAGAUAUCAAUUGUGUCAGAAGAUGAGUUCGCAUCAAUAUUCACGACCGGGAAUACCUCCUGGUAUGGGAAAAAAACAGAUUCCUGGAGGAAACACUGCAAUGGUGUCUAGUAGUCAACCAAACACAAUAGGUGGGGCAGACGAUAGCAGCCGUGACCCUCACCCAGACCACAGUCCCUAUGACCGCCCAAGCGGUGGUGGUGGAGCACCGAGCUUCAAAGACGACAAGCAGGAGACAGUGGUGGUCCGGCCUUACCCCCAAGCCCAGGUCCACGGCCCCCCCCAGGGUCACCACCCAACACUACCUCAGCACCUGCCCCUCCAGCAGGGCAUGCCCGUCACAGUGUCAGCCCCUCCACCACACAUCCCCCAAGGCCUUCCUCUGGCCUUCGCUGAAGGACCCAUAAAGGUGCAGUCAUCUCUGAAGUCGCCCAUGCCCAGUCGAGUGAUUGCCCCAGCACCAGCCAACAUCUCCCUGCCACCCAAGGUGCCAAGCCACGUCACUGUAACAUUGGAGAGCACUGUGCCUCCGACCCCCGGCAUCCCUGUAGCAACUAUCAGUGGCCAACAGGCGUGGCGUUUCCAGGGCAACCCCAGUAACCUGCACCAUCAUGUGCAGAUCAUUCGCAGCAACGGCCCGCCCCUGCAGCUCGGCACCCCCCAGCACACCUUUACCUCCCAUCUACCCAGAGGAGCUGCUGCAGCUGCUGUGAUGUCCAGUUCCAAAGGACCCACCAUACUGAGACCUGUUACAGGUCCUGGUAGUGGUACUGGCCCACCUACUGUCCAGCACAUCAUCCACCAGCCUAUCCAGUCCCGGCCAAUAGUAACAACGUCCACUGCUGUGUUGCCCACGGUGGUUGCCCCGGUAACGGCCACCAGGCCUCAGUCCCCAGUGGUUAGCUCAGCCACGCACUCCGCAGAGAUGGUUCAUGGGCGUCCGGGGCUGACCAUUCACCCCCCUCCAGCCACUCUGAGCAUCCAGCGUCCUCCCCAAUCUCGGGAGACCCCCACACGCAUCACCCUGCCCUCUCACCCUGCCAUUGGGGGUCAGAAACCCCAGCUGUACAACACCAUGGCACAGAAGCCCAUAUUCAGCAAUGUGACUCCUGUCGCUGCAGCAACUGUUGCCCCCAUAUUAGCCACCAAUACUGCUCCAUCGCCUAGCACUACGGGCUCAGGACCCCACCCCAACAGUAACAUCGUCACCAUGGCAAUGCCCUCUCAUUCCUCCCACGCCACAGCAGUCACCACGUCCAACAUCCCUGUGGCUAAAGUGGUUCCCCAGCCGAUAGCCCACACCUCGCCCAGGAUCCAGCCGGAGUACCCUGGAGAGAGGGGCAACCUGAUCCCCAUCACCAUGGAGGCCCGCAGUGACAACAGGCAAUCAGUGCCAGUGCAGUUCCAGUACUUCCUGCCUACCUAUCCUUCUUCGUCGUACCCUCUGACACACACCUACACCCCCAUCACCAGCUCUGUGUCCACCAUCCGACAGUACCCAGUAACCCCUCAGGCCCCCAGUGGCACGGCCAUGCAGACCCAGACCAGUGUGGGCGUAGCGUCGGCGGUGCACCUCAACCCCAUGCAGCUGAUGACGGUGGACCGCAUCGCUCAGAUCAACACACAGAACAUCCAGCCCGCUGCCAUGGCCACGCAGGGCAUCCAGUCAACCACCAUCAGCGCCCAGGGCCUGCAUGCCGCCACCGGUCAGAUCACUGCGCAAAACAUCCAACCAGCGCCCAUCAACCAACAGCAGCCAGCCAAUGACAACAAGACCUCAGUUGUGUUAGCAGACGGCUCCACUCUGGUAGCCAACCCCAUUGGCCAGACGUUCGGCAGCGGUCACCCUCCCACCUCCGUGGGGCAGACACACCCACAGAACACUGGGCCUGGUGCUCCCACCCUAGUGUCCUCCCCCCGGCCUAGCAUCCUACGCAAGAAGCCUGCCAACGAAGGGUCUGCUGUGAGGAAGAACCUGAUCCCAGAGGCCAUCAGGCCUGCAUCAGGUAUGAAGCACAAGCCUGAUCUCCACGUGUCCCUGGCUCCACCGUUGACGUCGUCGUCCAUGGAAGCGCUGCCCAGCCAUCAGAUCAAUGAGCAGCAGCAGCAGCAGCAGCAGCAGCACCCCAGAGCCCCGCCACACCAGCACCCCUCUCAGCCAAUCCAGACCCUCCUCUCAGUGUCCGCACCCCCACACUCCCAGCCUGGCCCCGCCAUGUCUGCCGUUACUCCACCAAUCUCGUCUAUGGCCAAUGUGGUGGUUCCGCCUACACAGGCAGCGGCCAGUAGCACAGCGGCAUGUGGAAUAAGCUCCGCCCUCCCUGAGAUCAAGAUAAAGCAGGAAGUGGAGCCUAUGGAUUCCGCCAAAGCAGGUCCCCCUAUGCCCCAUGGCGGCACCCCCAUGUUGUCCAUGAUGCCCGGUGGGGACGGGAUCCCCGGGGCCUCCCCCAGGAAGAAGCCCCGGAAGCAGCAGCACGUCAUCUCCACGGAGGAGAGCGAGAUGAUGGAGACCAACAGCACAGACGAGGAGAAGGUCCUGGUCAGACCACACAGCAUGAGGCCUGAGAAACGCAAGUCGCCCCCCAAGGAGUACAUAGAUGAGGAGGGUGUGCGUUAUGUCCCCACCCGUGCUCGCCCCCCGGUCACCCUUCUCCGCCACUACAGGAACCCCUGGAAGGCUGCCUACCACCACUUCCAGAGAUACAGUGACAUCCGGGUCAAAGAGGAGAAGAAGGGCACCCUGCAGGACGUAGCCAAUCAGAAGGGGGUGGUGUGCAGAGCCCAGGGCUGGAAGAUGCACUUGUGUGCUGCACAGCUCAUGCAGCUGACUAAUCUGGAGCAUGAUGUGUACAGCCGCCUCACUACCCUCCAAGAGGGCCUGAUCCCAAAGAAGAAGGCCGGGUCAGAUGAUGACCUGCACCGUAUCAACGAGCUCAUACAGGGUAACAUGCAGCGCUGUAAGCUGGUGAUGGACCAGAUCACUGAGGCUAGAGAUGCCAUGAUGAAGGUGCUGGACCACAAGGAGAAAGUCAUGAAGCUAAUCAACAAGAACGGCGGAGCGAAGAAAGUCAACAAGCUGAAGCGCAAGGACAAAGCCUAGAACAGAGGGGGGAGGGGGGGGAGGGGCAAAGGCUAACCACCUGUACCCUUGUCUUUCUGAGAACGGCUCUAGUCUACACCCCUCACUGAUAUGACCAUGGACCACUGGUAGAUUUGAGUCAGUAUGGUGUCUGGGGUUACUCGUUAGGUGUGCGCAAUCUUCCGACCACGCUUGACCUAGAACUGAGAACCAAGUGGUCGGCAGAAGGAACCGAUUAGGAACAGACACGCUUCCACUACGUCCAAGGGAGGAGCUUGUCAAAGGACAGGAAUGUACAAGUAUUAAGCCCGUAUCAGGACGUUGGUAUGUUCUCAGUUGUUGAUUGGAUGGCUGGCAGAAUUAUUAUGAUUUCGAUUGGUUGAAGGAUGGUCUAGCGGGGAUGCCGUGUCUGUUCAAUUGAUACCCUGGAACAUUGUGUGAUCAAUAUGGGUUGUUUAUUAAACUAUCAUCAAGUACUUAUUGUGUAAUAAAUGUGUAAAUCAGUAGUGUAUUUAUCCAUACUUCACUCCUGAAAAAUCACAAGUAUGCUACCAAGUUCAGUCAUUGGAAAUGUCACUACAGUCCAAGGAAAGAGUGUUGUAUAUCACAGUAUUCAAUAGAUCUUGGGACGAAUAUAUGUCAAAUACUUUGCCAUGUGCUUGUUUUAACUUUGAGUUAGAUGUCUGGCAAACUAAAUCAAGUACAGCUUAAGUAUUUGACCCCAGGCUAAAUGUAUUCUCUAGUAAAUACAGAUUGUAAAAGAAAGUGCAACUGUCAUUUGGGAGUAAAAUGUUUAAGGGGUGCCUUUUUGACUACACUGUCUAUAAACCCAAUCAAACUCCUAUCGGGACAAUGUACUUUCUGGGGCGUAAGCUUGGAAUGUUGAAUAAGUCUUAUUUUGGUUUUUUGGGUAAACGGAAAGAUACUAAAACUGCAAGUGUUUAUUCUUGUCAGUCUGACAUUUCAAAUGAAGAAAUAGCAGAGAGUAGUUUUCCAUCACAUUAUGUGGAACAAUACAAGCUCUGUGCUCUGUGCUGUUCAGUGCCUUGUUUAGGUGCCUCAGUUGUCCGAGUUAACUUCUUAGGUUUAGGUCCCCGUUUUGAAAGCGCUGAUGUUUCUACCGCAUGGCACAUUUAAAUCUCCUCAAUCAUGCAGUAUGAUGCCUCUGAUGGUGGUUGACUCCAUGAGUCUACAUAAAAGUAAAAUCAAGAUCUGUUGUCCUCAUAGUCACUACAUGUCUAUUGCUGUUCUAAUUCUAAGUAUCUAAUCAUGCAAAAAUAUUGCUGGACAGUCAAUGAGGAGUGUCUCGUUAUAAAGUUAUUUGCUGAAGAACACAAGUUAUUUAAGGGUGAGUGGAUGUUUUUCAAAACACCCUUACGAAAAAAAGAUUGCAGUCUGAGUGCAGUAUAACUGCAGAAUGCUCCAAAAUACCACAGUAGACUGCAGUUUCAAAACUGCAAUCUUUUUUUGUACGGGCAAUAUGAACUGUGAAUAUAUUAGUAUACCCACUCAUCAAAAGCGAUGCCAUUAUUUGCACUCCCGACACCAUUGUGGGGUAUGGUAGUUGAUUACAUCAAGGUCAGCUGUAGCUUCUGAACACGAUUCUCAGUGGCAGGAAGGUUAUUUUGUGUGCAUUUUUUAAAAGCCAUCUUGUUGAUGCUGUAUAGUAUCAACUAAAUCAAGUUUUGAGUAUAAAAUUUGGAUUAAAAACGGUAUGAAACGAGCUGAAAUUGUCUACAUAGGCCCAUAUUGUGCAUAUACACACAAUGUAUCUAUACAUUCUUCAAUGUUUUAUGUGUAAAAAAUAAAGUAGAUUUAGUUUUCUUUGAUUAUAUGCACUUCAUUUUAAUUUGACCAAGCAGGUUUGUUUGUGUGUUUUUCAUGUAGCUGAUAAUGAAUGUGUAUUACAUGCAGUUGGGUCUAGAUUCUUACUUUCUGUUUGUGUUUCUUUUGCCAUUCCCAAUCACUGCAAUAAAGACACUUUGUACUAAG